AUGAUGUCGACUUUUUUGCUUGUCGUUGGGCCGCUGCUGCUCUCAACCCUUCGGAUUUCCUUUCCCCAGGAGGUUUUACGAUCUCUGUUCACGAAACCACAGGCAGAUCGCCCUGAGGUAGUUCUUCUGCAAGGCACUAUCCGUGGCACGUCCGUUGACGACGGGGCUUUCCCAGAGCCGAUUGAGGGCUUUUGCAACAUUCCAUACGCCCUGCCACCCCUCGGUCCACUUAGAAUCGUCUACUUUCGGGCCCAGCUGGUGACCUUACCCGAUGGCCCAGAUUUGGAAAGCGAAGACUGCUUGACCAUCAAUGUCUUUCGCCCGAAGGGUCAUACUGACGGUGAUGCGAAACUGCCUGUCGCCGUGCUGGUCCCCGGAGGCGCCUUCAAUCGUGGAGCGGCGAGGAUACACAACACCGCGUCUAUGCUGGCUUGGUCGGCCGAACCGUUCGUGGGUGUUUCUUUCAACUAUCGCAUCGGAACUCCUGGGUUCUUGAACGUCCCUUUGACAGCCAGAGAGGACCUGCUAAACCUGGGCCUAAAAGACCACAUACUAGCGUUCGAAUGGGUGCGAGACAACGUCGCUCGUUUUGGCGGCCAGCCGUCACCAUUCCCGGACUGUCGGCUGCGGCGCAUUCGAUCGGACACCACAUCCUGA